GAACAAUUUCCAGAAAAAGAUGAUGUCCGUAAUGCUAACAAGCAAAACGCCUCUGCAAGGGAGGGAAUGAGAGAGGGAGGAAGGGAAGAAAGCAAGAGAUACUCUCAAACCAGCCCUUCUGACCUCCACAGAUAAGGAUCAGGUUGCUUAAAGAAGAGCUUGCAUUUUAAAAUAUGAGCUUGAAAAACUACAUGUUUCUUGCUGGUAACUUCUAGAGACACACAUGGCUUCAGAUGCAUUGGUAUUUAUUAAAACUACAAAAUUUUACAAAAACUAGAUUUAUCUAGUAUCACAACCUUUUAAUUUUUGUUUAUUGGAUUUUGGGCCCAUCCUGUUUAUCCUCUUUAUGGAUCUCAACCUUUUGGAUAACUCUGCCAGAUGCAGAUAACUCUUCCCCGACUGACCUGACCUGGAGAGGCAACAUGGACAACAGCACUGCCGAAACCCUGCACGUGGCCGGAGCACUUAAUGAGACUUCUCCCACAGAGCCGCCGAGCCCCGAGUUUUCCCUGGGCGUGUUGGUGCUGCUGGCCUUCCUCAUGGCAUUGCUGGCUCUGGUCACCAUCCUCGGAAACGUCCUGGUGAUCCUUGCUUUCAUCAUGGACAGAAACCUCCGGCACCGGAGUAACUAUUACUUUCUCAACCUUGCCAUUUCUGACUUUGCAGUGGGUGCAUUCUGCAUACCUCUCUACAUCCCUUACUGCCUGACGGGGAAAUGGCUCUUGGGAAGAGGCAUCUGCAAGCUCUGGCUAGCUCUGGACUAUCUCCUGUGCACAGCUUCAGUAUUUAACAUUGUUCUUAUCAGCUACGACCGUUUUCUGUCAGUUACAAAAGCUGUGUCUUACAGAGCUCAGCAGGGAACAACAUCCAACCCUGUCAUCAAGAUGGUGGCCAUCUGGGUCUUUGCCUUCCUCCUCUACUGCCCAGCAAUCCUCUUCUGGGAGCAUGUGGCCGGAUACAGCGUGGUAGCGGCCGAUCAGUGCCACGCCGAGUUCUUCGACAACUGGUACUUCCUCCUGUGUGCUUCCACCCUGGAGUUCUUUGUGCCGCUGCUCUCGGUGACCUACUUCAACGUGCACAUCUUCCACAACAUCCAGAGGCGCCAGCGGCACGGGAGCACACAGGACUACCAGCCUGCAAGGCGUGACAGCCUCUCAUGGAGAUUUUGCCUUUUGCCAAGGCCAGGAACAUCAUCUUCUCUGUCGGAAGCAGAGGACAGUGUUUCAUCAUUAAGGUCGUGGAGACCAGCAGUGAUGGCUAACUCUCCAUCUCCAACACAAACCAGUCCCACGUCUCUCAAGAGGAACUUCUCUGUUUCUUUUUGUUCAACGACUGGGUCAAAACUGCAGCAGGACAAGAAAAUUGCAAGGUCACUUGCCAUAAUUGUGUGUGUAUUCGCCAUUUGCUGGGCCCCAUACACUUUGCUAAUGAUUAUUCGUGGGGCCUGCAAAGGAAAGUGCAUCCAUAACUCCUUGUAUGAAAUAACCUUUUGGCUUUUGUGGAUAAAUUCCUCUUUGAACCCAAUUCUUUACCCUGUCUGUCAUAUGAGGUUUCGAAUGGCUUUCAUGAAAAUAUUAUGUCCCAAAACGUUUGCAACAUUGAGAUCACGUAACACACCUUCUUAGAGAGUUAAAACAAAUGACUUACAGAUAAGGUUCCUCUCAUAUUUAGUGCUAUUUUUCCAUAUGUAUCUUCAACAGAAAUAGAGAAAAAAGGUUUGUUUACCAAUGACGCUGGUUAAGAGUGCAGCUGAGGUAGAUGUUUCCCCUGAUUCUGCUAGUCUUCAGGAUCUUGUUUUUGUUUUUGCUGGUAUGAUGCCAGGUUAAACACCACUUAGUACACAGAAAAGAAUAACAAGUUUUGCUGGAUAUGCUUCUUGGUUUGUGGGUUUGAGGUACUUUCUUUUUUCCCCACUUUUUUUUUCUAUUUUUAUAUAGAGCUGGUACUAUGAAAGAACUCUGCUAGAGAUACCUCCAUAGAGGUUCAUUGGAAGGAGAUACCUCUUUGUGUAUGUGUUUAGUUAACAUUUAUGGCCUAUUUGUGAACCUAAAGCUAUCAGUGAAGAAGCAGUUCUGCUACAUUUUUGAAAGGUUGUAUAAAUGCUCACAGGAGCAGUACAAUUCCAUUUAGAAAACUGUUAUGAAGACAAGACAGUGCCCUGUAGUCUUUAUAAUUCCCACAGUUAGUAAUAUGCAAGUGAACGGGCUGCCUAAUCUGGCAUAUCUGUCCUUCUCUAAUUAUAAUGUAGUCCAUACUAUAUGUUGCAGGACACAGUACACAUCCAAUCACUGGAUGAUUUUCAUAGAACGGAAGUUUCCAUGGUAAUGGAAUUUUGAAAUUGGUUAUCAAAAUUGUCACGGGCAUAAAUGGUUGUUACCCUUUUCACCAGUACUGUCUUUUCUUCUGACAGUGGCUGCCUCUUUGGUUGUGCUUAAAUGAUAUUCAGUGUCAGAUUUGUGCGCUUUUUGAUUAAGAUAGGUUGGGCUUGGGCACACGAUCACAUUCCCACUAAAUUAGCAGAGCAAGCAACACAAAGUUCAUGCUGGAUUUAUGAUUUUGGCUGGCUGUGCGAGAAUAGACAAUACCCUCUCGGGUGCAAAGCUUUGCAAGUGCAAAGAUAUUCCAUCAAAACGCCUGGAACAAAUUUCAACCGACAGAGUUAUUUUUAUACUAGAUCAGUUCUUUGUAUCCUGUUACUGUGACAUUAUAUGGAUUUUCUCUGCCACUGAACCAGUAUCAAACAGAGGUUUGAAAGCUGACACAGAGGUGUCUUAAUAAAUAAAGCAGCUGUUAAUAAAUAAAGCAGUUGAAUAUGCAGUGCUGAAAGGAGUGGGUAGAUGUGUUGGAGAAGGCAAUGGAGCUUGAUUAUUACACAUUCCAUGUGCCAAACUUUCUUACCUUGUGUUGGGUAUUGCAACUCACCCAGAAGGCUUUCAUGGAUGGGUAAGUGAGAGUCAUUAGUUAAUUUCUGCUCCCACCCACCCCCCACUCUCCCCUUUUAUGUUUCUUUCCUCUUUGUAUAUACAUAGAAAUGUAUAGGAUAUGAAAAGAGAAAUGUGAUGCACAGAACAAUGAAGAUCAAUAGUCAGAUAGCAUUUUUUGUCUAAUUUGAUAUUGGUUGUAGAAGUGUUGCAAAAGCAGAGUAGUCCUUUGCAAGCACAGCUCAAAUGCACGUAAGCAGCUUAAUCAUAGCACAGAAGUUGAUGGCUUUGAGAAGCUAACAUGCCAUUCUGUUCAGAGGUCUGGAACUGAAGACUUCUCAGUUUUCACAUGGGUGGACGAUUGUCUUUCACCAUUCAUGCUCGUUAUGCUUCCUUGCCUCACAUGGGUAGAUUGUGAGCCUGAUUGCUAAGAGAGAUGCAGCUUCAGGAGGAGGUAAUAGAUUCAUCGCAGCUGUUUUCACUGUCACGAGCUAAGGUGCUGCUGUAGAUUUUUGUGGGAUUUGUUUUUCUGUGAGGCUUAAAAAAACUAAACACACACAUUUAAAACAUUUAUAGAAUAGCUGAUGUACAAAAUAAACAUCUGUUAAAGGGAAACUGUAGAUGGGUCAUAAACAGGAAAGUAUUUGAGUUGUCUGCUUUUCUAUUCCUAUGCUUUUAGUAUAAAAAUUCAGUUUUCAUUUUGUGAUUAAAGAAUGUUUUAUUUACUUUGGAAAAAUAGAUCACAAAAUUAUUGACUAGGUCAACUGUUUCCACGUUUUGCAGUCCUGGAAAACUAGGGUGUGUCAGGGAGCACAACGUGCAGCACCCCUGAAACCACACGGAGCAGUGAAGCUACUGAUCAUCAAUGUUUUUCACGCUCUGUAUUACACACAGAGUGUUCAAACUGUUUUGACACACCACUCCUGUAUAUUUGAAGAAUUUUUUGUAUUUUUCUAAUUGUUGAAAAUUUUGCUCAGUGCUCCCAGGGUAAGUCGAGCACUUAGUUGCUGUGCACACAGUACUAAAGCUGUCUUGGUCAAGGUGGCCUCUUGGGAGGUCUUCUCCUCCCUCUUGGACAUUUUGCAGGGUUAUGGUAAGAUGAUAAUUCAGCAUUUUUUCUUGGACGUGCCUUUCAUGCACUGACACAAAUAGACUUUGCUUGCCAAAGAGAUUUUUAAGCCAGGUCUCUCUAUGCACUCACUCAUCCAUUUUGCCAUUUCAUGCCCUUGCAUUUUCUUCUGUCUUUGCAGAUGUCCGAUAGCUCUUGUAAAUACAUGGUGACAGUAGGCCUAUGACUCUGUGAGGUUCAACUCAAACCACAACAAUGUUUUUCUAAUUUUAC